ACACGAAUCUAGAAGAGAAUUCGAGCUAAGGCUUAAGUGUUAUGCAACUGUUCUGCACCCCUUUUUAACCCACCAGUCCAAACACUGAGUGGUAGCCCCUUCUCGGCCUCUCCCUUGCCCUCAUCUUCAGCGUUCUUCUGGGCCGCCGCCCACAUCCCUCCUCCCUAGUAGCUGCUGCUUAAUUUCCCCUCCAUUGUCGUCAUCCUCUUGCCUUGCUGAAAGAAUUAACCGGGGUACUCGGUCAGGACCCCGAGAGUCCAGGCCGGGCUCUUCGCUUGGCUGCGGCUGCUCCGCGCUCCGCGCUGCCAGCGCGGGGUGCACAGCUGGCCACCCGUCCCGCCCCUCGGGGAGGGUGUGACCCGAGAGUUUGAUAGGAGGUGCCUGCAUUCGGGAAACCCGGUGGCCCGCGCAGCUUCCUCUGUGGCGCAGCCUCUCCUCCCGAGACGCACCCGGGGCGGCCGGGGUCUCCUCGGCACCGGGACGCCGGAGCCCUGGCCCUCCCACAGCCCCGACUCUAGCCCGCCGUGCUGCCCACCAUGAAGCCGAUGUUCUACCGCUGCCAAAACACCACCUCAGUGGAGAAAGAUCACUCGGCGACGAUGGGCUGGGUGCUCUUCAGCGCGGGCCUCUUGGGCAACCUGCUGGCCCUGGGGCUGCUGGCGCGCUCGGGGCUGGGGUCGUGUCCGCUGCGCUCGCCGCGCCAGGCGCCUUCGGUCUUCUACGUUCUGGUGUGUGGCCUGACCAUCACCGACUUACUGGGCAAGUGCCUCGUGAGCCCCGUGGUGCUAGCAGCCUACGCGCAGAACCGGAGCCUGUGGGGUCUGGUGUCCACGCCGGGCAGCUCCCUGUGCCAAGCCUUCGCCUUUAGUAUGUCUUUCUUCGGCCUCGCCUCCACGCUGCAGCUCCUGGCCAUGGCCCUGGAGUGCUGGCUGUCCCUCGGACACCCCUUCUUCUAUCGACAGUACAUCACCCUCCGCAGGGGCGCGCUGGUCGCGCCCGUCGUGAGCGCCUUCUCCUUGGCUUUCUGCGCGCUGCCCUUCGCAGGCUUCGGGAAGUUCGUGCAGUACUGCCCCGGCACUUGGUGCUUCAUCCAGAUGGCUCACGAGGAGCGCUCGCCGUCGGUGCUGGGCUACUCGGUGCUCUACGCCAGCAUCCUGGCGCUGCUGGUCCUCGCCAUUGUGCUGUGCAACCUGAGCGCCAUGCGCAACCUCUACGCGAUGCACCGGCGGCUGCGGCAGCGCCGGCGCUCCGUCCCCAGGGACCGCGCGGAACUCAGCGCCAGUGAAGGGGAAGCGUCCCCGCCGCCCCUGGAGGAGCUGGAUCACCUCCUGCUGUUGGCCCUCAUGACCGUGCUCUUCACCAUGUGCUCCUUGCCUUUAACUUAUCGUGCUUACCACGGAGCAUUUGAAGCCGUCCCCAAGGACAACGGAACCUCUGAAGAGGUCGAAGACCUCCGCGCCUUGCGUUUUAUAUCCGUGAUCUCAAUUGUGGACCCUUGGAUUUUCAUCAUUUUCAGAACAUCAGUAUUUCGGAUGUCUUUUCACAAGAUUUUCAUCAGGCCUCUUAGGUAUAGAAAUUGGCAUAGCAAUUCCUGCCGAACUAACAUGGAAUCCAGUCUGUGACAAUGCUUUACGGUCUGGGGUAAGCUGAGACAUGUAUCACAUCUUCUCUCAAAGAACCAUGAUUUCCAAACAUUUUUGUAAGAACCUUUACAAUUUAAAUCCUUAAAAGUUAUCUCCCAUAACAAAACAUCUAAAUCUAUUUUCAAAAGUACUCGAUAUCUUAACAAGGUAUUGUCACUCUAUAUUAACGAACCACUUAGGUACAUUUUUUUCAUUUCAAGGUAUUUCAUUUAGUUGUUUUUCAUUAAAAACAACUAAAAUUUCAUAUAUUUUAAAUGCUGCUAAAAGUCUUAAAGCAAUGAUAUUAAUUUGGUGGUUUUCAAUCUCUUUCAUCUCAUGACACCCACAAAUUAAUUACUAAAAUUCUGCAGCACACCAAAAAAUGUAUUUUUUCCCGAGCUGACAAAAAAUAGGUAUAAUUUUGAUUCAUUCAUAUUGAACAGCUAUUGUUGUGUUGGCUGUUGUCUUUUUUUUUUUUUUUAACAAUCUAAAGGAAGAGAAGUCAAUGCCCCUAACUCAACAGUCAGGUACGGCAUGUCUUAAAAAUUCUCCCAGCACAGCCCUGUCCCUCCUGCAGUAUGCCGUUUGAAAAUCUCUGUAGUAAUUGUUCCAACCUUUGUACUUGGUGUCCCUAAUGUUUUCGAGAGGUCUUGGGACUUCUGGGUCUUUUUAAAAAUCCAGUAGAAACGUGACUGUUUACAAUGAUAUGAUGAGUGUUCUUAAAAUUUCUUAUCUUAUUUAUUUCUAGUGAAAGCUGAUUUGUUUAUGUUUUACCAAAAUUUAAUUUUCUUUGCCAAAUGGUCUAAGCAUGCCUGAAGUUUAAAUGCUCCUCAGAGAAGUGAGGUGUGAAAUACAGCCAAGUCAGGGUGGGGAGGGGCCUCCCCCGCUGCUGUCAGGAGGUAUCACUGAGUCACGUGGAGAGGCAGAGUUAUAAAUAAGCAGACAUAAGACAUGGUGUGACUAUGCCCACCACCCAGAGAAGAAAAAAAAUUUUUUUGAAGUCCAGGUUCCUGUGUAUUGAGGCAAAGAUAUCAGUAGGUAUCAAAAUUUGGGAGUGUUUAUAAAAUAUUGUUUCAAUUUUUGGCACCUGCAUUUUACAGGUUUACCAGAUUAAUGGAUUUGUGGGAGCACAAUGGUUUAUGCUUCCUGGAAGACAGUGGUGUGAGACUUAACCAGAGAGCCACGUUUACUACCUGUGGCUGUAUGAAGUAGCAGGGAAUUCAGCACAGGGAAAAUCCACCCCCCCCAGGACUCAGUCAGCCUCUGUUGAGGGUACUGGCAAUGACCUUCACAUCUCCCUAUUAACAGCCACAUUCUGCCCUUUACAGAGACAAUGAGAGCUUAUUGAGAUUGCAGACAGCUCUGCACGUUUAAAACUGGGGCAGGAUGGGCUCAGAUGAAGCACAACUGAGCACUUUAAUUGUACAUUUAAAUGUUUACAAAGGUUGGCAACACUAUGACCAAAAGGAGAAAGUGGGGAAAACACAGCUGCAGCUGUUAAACUAAACCUGAGACCCUAAACCCAGUGUGCAGGUAAAAACGUUCACCUUCGGUGAAAGGACAGAUGGGGACCACUGGCGGGGUUGCAGCACCCCCGGAGUCCCUUCGCACCUUGACACGCACGGACUCAGAGGGACAGCAGACAUUCGAGCCGAGGUGAGACCCCAUGCAGCCACCCCUUCCAAAGACAAGGGGACCUGCCUGUGGCCAGCUCAGCAGCAGGUCCCAUCUUCCCCUCAGGUUUCCAUCAGUGAUGGCGUUAACCCAGACACGUGUGUGUAUGUGUGUGUGUUGUUUUUUAAAAUUAUAUAUAUAUA